UCUGAUCGUCUGAACUUUCGCUCCCUCCCUUAAGUCUUUGGAAAUUCGCCAGCAAACACAUCGGUGCUUGGGUGCGCAACUAGCCUCGGAUUGUCUCAUCUGCUUCGUCCCUUGACUCGCGCUCGCAGUUUACCCUAAGGUAUCGACUUCCGGAAAACGGAUUCAACCAUCGGUCGGAUUUCCCACAAUCACCGCAUCCGGGGUGAGAACGAGCUUGAAAGAGAGCUGUCGCAAUCCGAGUAAGAACCACCAUGUCGGACACGUCGUCGGCCGACACACUGGGCCCGCCCUCCAUGUCGUUCCGGUCCGAGACCACGGCGUUGCUACCGAAACCCCCGGCGGCCAAGUCGGAAGAGCCCUACGCAGUCCGGCAAUGGCUGGCCGAGAUCCUGCUCCUGGCUAAAGCCGCUGUCCCGGUUAUCCUGGCGUAUACGCUGCAGAAUAGUCUGCAAACUAUCAGCGUUCUUAUUGUUGGUAGACUUAGCCCGGAAGCACUCGCCACCGCUGCCUUCAGCUACAUGUUCGCCAUGGCGACAGCGUGGCUCAUUGCCCUGGGUGGUACGACCGCGCUCGACACUCUUGCGUCGAGUAGCUUCACAGCAUCUUCGAACAAGCACGACCUGGGCAUUCUGUUGCAGAGAGGGAUCCUUGUUUUGUCGUCAUUUUAUGCGGUGGUGGCAGUGCUCUGGUGGUUCUCCGAACCGGUGUUCCGGGCGCUGGGCCAAGAAGAGUUCAUCUGCGUGCAAAGCUCGGCGUUUUUGCGAUGCCUGAUCCCAGGCGGGUUGGGGUACGUGUGGUUCGAGGCCAUGAAGAAGUAUUUGCAGGCGCAAGCGAUCUACCGCCCAGGCACUUAUGUGCUGUUGAUUACAUCCCCGAUGAACGCCGGGCUCAACUAUUUGUUCAUCCAUACUCUCGGCCUCGGCUUGUAUGGUGCUCCUUUGGCGACGGGUAUUUCGUACUGGCUAUCGUUUCUCCUUCUUGUGGCCUAUGCCAUCUUCAUCCGCGGCAAGGAAUGCUGGGGCGGUUUGGAGCUCCGGAAGGCCAUCAGAAACAUCGGACCCUUUUCCAAGCUCGCACUUCUUGGAGUCGUCCAUGUUGGCACUGAAUGGUGGGCUUUCGAGAUCGUGGCCUUGGCAGCCGGGAGACUUGGCACUAUCCCGUUGGCUGCUCAGUCUGUCAUCAUGACGGCAGACCAGAUCAUCAACACUAUUCCGUUCGGUCUAGGGGUAGCAGCGUCGGCAAGACUAGGAAAUCUGCUGGGAGCGCAGCGGCCUCGAGACGCGGCGAUAGCAGCACACUCGGCAGCAAUUCUGUCCGUGAUACUCGGGAGCGUUGUUCUUAUUGUGCUCAUGGCGACGAAAGAUGUAUUUGGCAAAAUUUUCAACGACGAUGAGCGAGUAGUGAAGCUCGUGGGGGAAGUGAUGCCGUACGUCGCACUCUUCCAGAUAGCAGAUGGUCUUAACGGAUCGUGUGGUGGUGCUCUUCGAGGCAUGGGCCGUCAGUGGGUCGGAGCUGCGGUGAAUCUCGUCAGCUAUUACGGUGGAGCUCUCCCCGCCGGCAUCUACCUCGCCUUUCACGGCUGGGGUCUCGCCGGCCUGUGGAUCGGACAAUGUGUCGCCUUGUAUCUGGUUGGGGCGUUGGAAUGGGUGAUUGUUGGGUUUAGUAAGUGGGAAAAGGAGUGUCAACGAGCGAUCGAUAGACUGGACGACAGUAGCAGCGACGACGAGGUUGAAUCUGAGAGCACGGCCUCCGGUACGGUAUAGCAAGACCGGGAAGAAAGUAUCUGGAAAUCAGUGUUGUAGCCCCGGAACGCGGCAGGAAGGAAGUAAAUCAGGAGACCAAAUUAUACGGGCAGAUAUUCGUAGCCAUUGAGAAAAUUGGACGAGGUAGAUUAUUCAUGAUCAUGAGCAAU